GGCAGGCAAACAGAAGGAGAGAGCGUUGUCAUGUGAUGCUUAGUUCCAAUUUAGACUAGGCUACGUUAAAUAAAUAAAACAAAUGUCAAGAGCGACUUUAAACGGAGACGUACGCUAUAGAGCUCCUCGCAACGGCCAUUGCCGCGCGAAAGAGCGCUCCAGGAGAAGACCGUCAUCGGCCCAAAUCACAUUCGGCACUUGAGGGGGAAGAGGCAAGGCAGAGGAGGAGGAUCUCGAUGACUCACGCGUUGACGUUCCUGUCAUUCAUUUACUGAGGGGGGUUCUUUACCGACCGCAAGCGAGCCGCUAUCCACUGGAGGGCCAGUGCUACCCGGGCGCGGGCACGUUAGGAGGGAUAAAAACUGAGCCAGUAGCUGGAAGCAAGAGGGGGGAAAAUCCCGACCCAGCCUCUGUGAGCAUCACUCUCACGUCGGAUUUACCCGUGAUCACCCAUUCGCGAGCAAGAUGCCGGCUCCCUUCCUGAGGCCCACCUGCUGAACCGGUGAGUGGAAAGUGAGCCAGUGCUGUGUCCAGUGCUGUGUCCAGCCUACAACCCGUUCCCACCCUCCACCGUGUCAGGUCAGUGAGCAGUCAUGACGAAGUCGUACGAGUUCAACUGGCAGCGGAAGUGUCCGGCCUUCCUCCAGGAAGGAGCCACCUUCGACAGAUUCGACGAGGACCCCUUUGUGUUUGAGCCCAGCUGUGUGUGCAAAGUGGACGAGUUUGGCUUCUUCCUCUCAUGGAAGAGUGAUGGCAAGGAAGGGCAGGUCCUGGAGUGUUCCCUCAUCAACAGCAUCCGAGUUGGAACAGUGCCUAAGGACCCAAAGAUCCUGGCAGCACUAGAGGCUGCUGGGAAAACAGAGGCAGAGCUUGAGGGACGCAUCAUCUGUGUGUGUAGCGGAAAUGACCUUGUCAACCUCAACUUCAUGUACAUGGUGUCAGACUCAGCAGAGAUGGCCAAGAAAUGGCUGGAGGGCCUACGGGGAGUCAUUCACAACUUCAAAGCCAACAAUGUGUGCCCCAUGACCUGCCUAAAGAAACACUGGAUGCGGCUGUGCUUCACGACUAACGUGAGUGGAAAGAUUCCAGUCAGAGGCAUCACACGGACAUUUGGCUCGGGGAAGACGGAGAAGGGCAUCUUCCAGGCGCUGAAGGAGUUGGGGUUACCAAGUGGGAAGAACGAUGAAAUCGAACAUUCGGUCUUCACCUACGAAAUCUUCUAUGCCCUCACACAGAAGAUCUGCCCAAGAACGGACAUGGAGGAGCUCUUCAAGAAGAUCAAUGGGGACAAAACUGAUUAUUUAACCGUAGACCAGUUAGUCAGCUUUCUGAAUGACAAUCAGCGAGAUCCUCGCUUGAACGAAAUCUUGUUCCCGUUCUACGACGUGAAGCGUGCCACGCAGAUCCUUGACAAGUACGAGCCGGACGCUGACCUCAAGAAGAAAGGCUGCAUGUCGAGCGAGGGCUUCUGCCGGUACCUGAUGUCGGAUGAGAACGCACCUGUGUUUCUGGACCGGCUGGAGGAGUACCAGGAGAUGGACCAGCCGCUGGGCCACUACCUGAUCAGCUCCUCACACAACACCUAUCUGACCGGACGCCAGUUCGGUGGACGCUCUGCCGUCGAGAUGUACCGCCAGGUGCUACUGUCAGGCUGCAGGUGUGUAGAGUUGGACUGCUGGGAUGGAAAAGGAGAAGAUCAGGAGCCAAUCAUCACCCACGGCAAAGCAAUGUGUACUGACAUCCUCUUUAAGGAUGUCAUCCAGGCAAUCAGGGACACUGCGUUUGUCACGUCUGACUACCCCAUAAUCCUGUCUUUUGAGAACCACUGCAGUAAACCCCAGCAGUACAAGAUGGCCAAGUACUGCGAGGAGAUCUUCGGGGACCUUCUACAGAAACAGCCGCUGGACGAAUUCCCACUUGAACCAGGGCGUCCUCUGCCCUCCCCCGCUGACCUCAAGAGGAAAAUCCUCAUUAAGAACAAACGACUCAAGCCAGAGGUGGAGCAGAAACAGCUGGAAUCCUUUAAGAAGCAUAUGGAGGCAGGAGAGCUACUUAUCCAGGCCAACUUGGAGGACGAAAUUGAGGAGGAGAGUGAAAACACUGAAGGAAAGGAAGGGAAGACUCCCAACAAUAUCUCAUCAGAGGAGCCCAGUGAGAAAAACACGGAGAACAGUGUCAAGAAGGUCCCAGACAAUGAGGCCACAGAGGUUUCCGAGGCGACGGAGGCCACAGACGCAACAGACAUGUCAGAGGCAUCAGACGUUGACAACAACAAGAAGGAGGGGGCUGAGGAUGAAGAGCAGACGGAGUCUACUGAGGACGUCAUUGCCAAAUACACCUACGUGGGGGCCACCACCAACAUCCACCCCCUGCUCUCCUCCAUGGUCAACUACGCCCAGCCAGUCAAGUUCCAAAGCUUCGAUCACGCAGAAGAGAAGAACAUUCACCACAACAUGUCCUCCUUUAACGAGUCGGUGGGCCUGGGCUACCUGAAGACUAAUGCCAUCGAGUUCGUCAACUACAACAAGAGGCAGAUGAGCCGCAUCUAUCCCAAAGGCGGCCGCGUGGACUCCAGCAAUUACAUGCCUCAGAUCUUCUGGAAUGCCGGAUGCCAGAUGGUCUCCCUCAACUUCCAGACGCCAGAUCUGUCCAUGCAGUUGAAUCAGGGGAAGUUUGAGUACAACGGCGCGUGCGGGUACCUGCUGAAGCCGGACUUCAUGCGGCGUUCCGACCGCACAUUUGACCCCUUCUCGGAAACACCAGUGGACGGGGUCAUCGCCGCUACCUGUAGCGUUCAGGUGAUCUCAGGCCAGUUCCUGUCAGACAAAAAGAUCGGUACGUACGUAGAGGUGGACAUGUACGGGUUGCCCACGGACACCAUACGUAAGGAGUUCCGAACGCGCAUGGUCAUGAACAACGGGCUGAACCCUGCAUACAAUGAGGAGCCUUUCAUCUUCAGAAAGGUGAUUCUGCCGGACCUGGCGGUGUUGCGCAUCGCCGUGUACGACGACAGCAACAAGCUGAUUGGCCAGCGCAUCCUGCCCCUGGACGGACUGCAGGCGGGGUAUCGGCACAUCUCCCUCCGCAACGAGGGCAACAAGCCACUCUCGCUCCCCACCAUCUUCUGCAACAUCGUGCUCAAGACCUACGUGCCCGAUGGCUUCGGCGCUUUUGUGGAUGCUCUCUCUGACCCAAAGAAGUUCUUGACCAUAGCAGAAAAGAGAGCAGAUCAGAUGAGGGCUUUGGGUAUUGAAACGAGUGAUAUUGCGGACGUUCCAAACGAGGGCUCUAAAAACGAUAAGAAGGGCAAACAGAGUCAGGCCAAGGCCAACGUCACGCCGCAGGCCAGCUCUGAUAUGUCUCAGAGCUCCAACUCAGCCGCCAACAACGCCAGCGAGAUUAAGAAAGAUCCCUCAGGAUCUGUGCCACAAGUCAGCAUUGAUGACCUCAAACAGAUGAAGACGUACCUGAAGCUCAUGAAGAAGCAGCAGAAGGAGCUCAGCACGCUAAAGAAGAAGCACGCCAAGGACCACAACGCCAUGCAGAAAUCCCACUGCGUCCAGAUGGACAAGAUGAUGGCGCAACACGACAAAGAGAAGUUCACCCUGGAGAAGCUGCUAGAGAAGGCCAUCAAGAAGAAAGGUGAAAACAACUGCCUGGAUCUGAAGAAGGAGACGGAGGCCAAGGUCCAGAGCCUCACCACUGACCACAAAGCAAAGGUGAAAGAGAUCACUGCCCAACACACUAAGGAGUUCUCGGAGCUGCUGGCAUCCCAGAGCACAGAAGAGCAGGGGCUGAAAGAUGCCCACGUCACCCAGCAGUGUGAUCACCUGAGGAAACUCCUCACAGGCAUACAGGAACAGCAGACAGUGCAGCUCAAACUAGUACAUGAGCGGCAGAGCAAGGAGAUGAGGGCCAACCAGGCCAAGACCUCCAUGGAGAACAGCAAGGCCAUCAGCCAAGACAAGUCCAUCAAGAACAAGGCAGAGCGAGAGAGGAGAGUUCGAGAACUCAACAGCAUCAACACCAAGAAGUUCAUGGAGGAGAGAAAACGGCUGGGGAUGAAGCAGUCUAGAGAGCUGGAACUGCUGGAGAAGAAUCAGUCAGAGCAGCGAGAGAAACUGGAGAAAUUCACAGAGCAGCUUUUGAAAUCACACCAUGCAGACUCACAAACUCAAGGCCAAGGACAUCCAGGAGAUGGUGAAGUUGGAAGCGGAGAUGGACCGCAGACCAGCCACGGUGGUGUGAGCUCCGCUCCACCCACUUGACCUCUGACCCGGAGUCUGUACGCCCUCCAUGCCUGUGGCCACUCCCCCUCACCGCCCCUCCC